AUGAAAUACGCACAAGUGCCAGCAACAGCAUUUCAGUCUGGAAAAUUAAUUAAGAUUGAACACUAUAGCUAUAGUGCGAAUGAUCAGAUUGGAUCUGGUUUCAGCAGUUCUGUGUAUAAAGGGAAGAAUGAAAACACUAAUGAGACCGUUGCGAUAAAAGUAUAAUAUUUUCAUCUGAUAGACAGAUAAUAGAUAGAAGUAAAAUAACGAAUGAGGUUGAAGAAUUUUUGUUGAAUCAGGAAAUACGAGCCUUGUCGUUGAUGAAUUCUGAAAAUGUUGUGAAAAUGUAUGAUUAUUAUCAUAAGCCUCAAUGCACAUACAUUAUUACUGAAUACUGUAAUUAGGGUACUGAUAUUGCUUAAAUUCAUUAGGUGAUUUGGGAUAGUUGAUAAAGAAGAAACAGAGAAUAGAUGAAAUAGAGGCUAUAAAAAUAAUGAAGCACAUUGUAAAUGGUUUUAAAGAGCAAGUAGCAAAGGGAGUGAUACAUAGAGAUUUGAAGCCAAUAAAUAUUUUAAUACGGAAUGGCAUUCCGAAAAUCGCUGAUUAUGGAUUCUCUAAAAUGAUGAAUGCCCCCCCAGAAACUAUCUAUUACAAUGUAGGUACAGCCCUGUAUAUGAGUCCAUAAACGAUGAUAAAAAAUGUGUAUUCAGAGAAAACUGAUAUAUGGAGCUUGGGAGUCAUAUUUUACGAGAUGUUAUAUGGAUAAGUACCAUUUUAAGCAGCAAGUGAAAAAGAUUUAGCCUAAAUAAUGCUAAGAACAACCCCAGCAUUUCCUUAAUAAGUGCCUGUGUCUAGAGAAACAAUAGAGUUUAUUUUAAAAUGUUUAUCAAUAGAUGAAACGAAAAGAUUUUGCUGCAGCGAUUUAGAACAUCAUCCUAUUUUCUAUAGAAGACAUACUAUGACUGCGCCUAGACCACUGGCAGACAGAAAUUCAUCAACUUAGAACAGAGAUCAUAGAUCUCCUCAGAGAGCCACGGAAUAUCAGCCAACAAGAAAAAUCAAUUUGGUAGCUCAAACUGCAAUGCCUCAAUCAGCAUUGAAGAGUAGAGAAAGUGUUCGAUUUAUGACUCAAAAUGAUGAGGUUAUCUAGGCUUAAUUCCAAUUUGUUGAGCUAAUGUUCAGGAUACUUCGAAUAUUGGAAAAGUAAGUUGUGAUCAAUUAAGAACAAUAAAUCAAACUAAAAUUCUUGAUUAUAAAGAAUAUGUUUUUUAAGACUAUUUUGUUAAGGGAAGUAGUGGAAAAGAAGCGGAACGUAUUCUAACUUUAUGAAUUUGAUGUGUAUAUAGAAUCAAUUGGUAAAUACACAAGCUAAGUAAAUUAAUUAUAUUUGAUUUCAAAAGAAUAUCAUGACAAAUAGGUAAUUAAUUAAAACUAUCUUUAGUAUUAAAUGAUAGAAGGUAAUCAAUCACUGAAAUAAUCUUUGCUCAAAGAUAGAUGUUUCUAAAAAAUAUAUGAAAAUUUCAAAUCAGUAACAGAGAGCUAUGAAUUUUAUCUCUUAUUUAGUACUUUAUUGCAGAGAUGCAUAAGAGAUCUGUUCAAUAAAUGUAAUAAUAAAUUAGCAGGAGUAAGUGAUUCUUAGCAAUUACAAUUGCAAGAGGAAACCAUGGUGUAUGUUCUAGAAUAGCUUACCUUUUAUUACAGCUUGUUGAAAUUGAUAAUUGAAAAUAACAAUAAUUUCUAGGUGUUCACUAAGAAAGCAUAAAUCUAUAAAAUUUUACAAGCCACUCCAGAACAGAUAACGAAGAGCAAUCUGAUGACCAUCAGACAAUCAAUAUAAGAGAUGAAAAUAUGA